AAAUUUAUGCUAAUAUAUGUACAUUAUAUGUAUAGCACAAAUAAACCGUUUAUUAGUUAUUUUAAGAUUAUGGUUAUGGACAACACUGAAUUUUCUCGAAUAAUUCUCCUUCCCCUAUUAAAUGUCUUUUGUAUUUAACACCCAUGAUCCUUUUGAUUGGAACUGCUUACAAAUCCUCGUGUACAGUACGUAAGUGAUGCGCGAGAAGACAUCAUACAUUCAUUAUUCAUUUAGACACCCCUUAUGGGCCACACCUUCUGGAUACUAAGUAUAGAAUACAAUAAACGGAAACUGGGCGUUUUAACUCUCGGGUCAAUAACUGGGACGCAAGCACUAAAACCGCAUAAUAAAAAUACAUUGUGACCAUGCAGAGGUCAAAAACUAUAACGCGUAGCAGUGUGUUACCAUGGGCACAAAAUGAUAUCCUGAAGCUGAUUAUUUUCGAUAUAAAUAGCGUGUAUUCUGCCCUGACUCAAUAUCGGUACAAGUAUCAACAGAAACAGCACAGUCUGCAUAGAUUUUGUUCAUUCAGCACAACAAAUACAAAAUGCCUUGCGACUUGUCCGGCGUGUGGAAACAUGACAGAAGUGAAAAUCUUGAUGGGUUUUUGGGCGCACUUGGAAUGAACGCCUUAAAGAGAAAGAUGGCGAUGCAAGUAACGCCGGUUAUAGACAUCAAACAGGACGGCGACAAGUUUGUAGUGAAGACAUCAGGUGGACCAAAGACAAACACUAUGGAGUUUACUGUAGGAAACGAGUUGGAAACAGAGAUGUUUGACCAUAAAAUGAAGUUGCUGUCCUCCUGGGACGGGAACAAACUGAUGAUGAACUUCACACCAGUGAAGGAAUGGAAAGGACCAAUGGUCGUCAGCAGAGAGAUUGUAGCAGACGAAAUGGUACAGACAAUGGUGGUUGGAGGCGUGACUUGCAAACGAUUCUUUAAAAAGCAGUAGUCUAGAUCUUUCAACUAUGAUACAAGCGGACUUUUGUAGCCUGUGAAUAUACUGGUAGCCACUAAAAGAAGUGUGGUCAUUUUGAUCCCUUUAUGUUUUUAUUGCUAAAGCCAUAAAGAUGAAAUGAUUGGUCUAGAAAAGAAAAACUAUGGGAGUGUGGUGACAGUCAUUACUAAAAAGGUCUGCUAAAAUAACAUGUUGGCUAUAAGCAUGUUUAAAUACAAUCGUUCUCUGUAAUACAUAUAAGGACUGUUUUUAUAAUAAAUCUACUUAGACAUUUAGUUGUGAGAAAGAAGUAGGCCUACAAUAAAGUGGACAGCCUUCAAAAAGGGCGUGGAUUUAAAUGUGUUAGAUUUAUAUUUGGUUUUAGUACUAAUUUUGGACUGAAUCAGUUCUGUUGGAUGUCUUCAACUACCUAAUGCCCCUUUCUACUGGGUGACAAGUUGACAACUGACACGUACGGGUGUUACAAUAAUGGCAGUCCACAAUAGGAACCGUAGUCCGCUCCCCAUACGGGUGAUAUUCGCCCCAUAUACUUCCCCCAAUCAAGGAGUUAUAACUCCUUGCCCCAAUACUCCGUAACUCUAACCUGCACUUAGCAUAUGGGACCCCGAUAUCUAGGACUACCAUUGCUGUCACACCGGUACAUAGUACAUACGCUCGUAUACAGUAUGUAUGUUGCAGUAUUACACAUAGUACAUGUACUUCCAAACCCCUCAAAUCCUCAAACGUGAUAAUUAAUCACUGAUUAGCGAUGAUUCGAAUCAAACUAAUUCGAAAUUAUUAUCAAAGCCUAACUUAAGCUAUAAAUAAUUAUAACUCGUGGUUGAAUUAUUUGCAUAUAAUCAAUUCCGUUUGUGUUCAA